UUGUGGUGUGGUUUGCGUCAGUAUCUUAAGAGUAUCUAUUAUUUCACUCUCUAUAUAAACCCUCUAUCCUUCAUCACACUCACUCGCUCACUCACUCACUCUUCUCUAUUCCGUUCCAGAUAACACCCAACCCUACCCUUCCCAAUCCACCCAGCUUUUCCUUCAAGUGAGAUGGCAUCCUUGCAUGCCAAUGUGACAUCAGUUGUUUGCAAAAGUGGCAACAAUGCUUCUCAACCGAAGUUCCCAAGUACUACAUUUUUGCCUGGGUUUGAUGUAGCUGGAUGCAUUUCAAGUGCUUGGAAGAAGGAACUUGUCCCUUCUUACGUGGCUUCGAUACCUAGAGCAACAUUAACAUUUGAUCCUCAAACAACCAAUUCGGACAAAACCAAACAAAAGAAGCACACCGUUGACCCUGCUUCCCCCGAUUUUCAGCCUCUUCCUUCCUUUGAACAGUGCUUUCCUAAGAGCACGAAAGAAUACAGGGAAGUCAUUCAUGAAGGAACUAGUCAUGUGCUCAGAGUUCCAUUUCGACGAGUUCACCUCUCUGGGGAUGAAGGACACUUUGAUAACUAUGAUACAAGCGGUCCCCAAAAUAUAAGCCCAAGUAUUGGACUCCCCAAGUUGCGCGCACAGUGGGUUGAUAGGAGAGAGAAACUUGGUACACCAAGAUUCACUCAAAUGUACUAUGCUAAGCAAGGGAUCAUUACUGAGGAGAUGCUUUAUUGUGCCACUCGUGAGAAGCUUGACCCGGAGUUUGUGAGGUCAGAAGUUGCUCGUGGACGAGCUAUCAUCCCGUCCAACAAGAAGCACUUGGAGUUGGAGCCUAUGAUAGUUGGAAGAAAUUUCUUGGUGAAGGUAAAUGCAAACAUUGGAAAUUCUGCAGUUGCUAGCUCUAUCGAAGAGGAAGUUUACAAGGUUCAGUGGGCAACUAUGUGGGGAGCCGACACAGUCAUGGACCUCUCAACAGGUCGCCAUAUCCAUGAAACUCGUGAGUGGAUCUUGCGCAACUCCCCCGUGCCAGUUGGGACCGUACCUAUUUAUCAAGCACUUGAAAAAGUUAACGGCAUUGCUGAAAACCUUAGCUGGGAGGUUUUCAGGGAUACACUGAUUGAACAAGCCGAGCAGGGUGUUGAUUACUUCACUAUCCAUGCUGGUGUUCUACUUAGGUACAUUCCCUUAACAGCGAAACGCAUGACAGGAAUAGUUUCCAGAGGAGGAUCCAUUCAUGCAAAGUGGUGCCUUGCUUAUCACAAAGAGAAUUUUGCUUAUGAGCAUUGGGACGAAAUACUUGACAUCUGCAAUCAGUAUGAUAUAGCACUAUCCAUUGGUGAUGGGCUAAGACCUGGCUCCAUAUAUGAUGCGAAUGACACCGCUCAAUUUGCUGAGCUCUUGACGCAAGGAGAACUGACACGUAGAGCAUGGGAAAAGGAUGUUCAGGUGAUGAAUGAAGGACCUGGACAUAUUCCAAUGCACAAGAUUCCUGAAAACAUGCAGAAGCAGCUAGAAUGGUGUAAUGAAGCACCCUUCUAUACUCUUGGUCCACUAACAACUGAUAUUGCCCCUGGUUAUGAUCACAUUACCUCUGCUAUUGGUGCUGCCAAUAUCGGGGCACUUGGUACAGCUCUUCUUUGCUAUGUAACUCCAAAAGAACAUCUCGGUCUACCAAAUCGUGAUGAUGUGAAGACCGGAGUUAUAUCUUACAAGAUAGCUGCUCAUGCUGCUGACUUAGCAAAGGGUCAUCCACAUGCUCAAGCAUGGGAUGAUGCACUGAGUAAGGCAAGAUUUGAAUUCCGAUGGAUGGAUCAGUUUGCUUUGUCUUUGGAUCCAAUGACGGCCAUGUCCUUCCAUGAUGAAACAUUGCCAUCUGAAGGCGCAAAGGUAGCCCAUUUCUGCUCUAUGUGUGGCCCCAAAUUCUGCUCUAUGAAGAUAACCGAGGAUGUCAGGAAGUAUGCUGAGCAACAUGGCUAUGGCGACGCCGAGGAGGCUUUGAAGCGUGGAAUGGAUGCUAUGAGUGCUGAAUUUCUAGCUGCCAAGAAAACUAUCAGUGGGGAGCAGCAUGGUGAAGCUGGUGGAGAGAUUUACUUGCCAGCAACAUACCUAAAUUCCAAAGAGAGGACUAUAUAAAUGAAGCAGAUCAAUGGUAGAAUUGGCUACACAACCGGCCUUAUCUAUAAGGAUAGUGUGAAACAUUUUCAAGCUGGCUGUAGGAGAAUAAUACAAAGUUCAGUUUGUUGAUAACAUCUUAGAACUCCUAUCUUCAACUUUACUUUUGUUGUGAAUUAUCCAAUUGUCAGGAAUAAAUUGUGUACUAGUAUUUUGUUUGGUAUCAUCUUUUUAUCUUUCUGGGAAACUUUAUUAAUACCCAAGAUGCACCAGGGGUGCCUGAAUCUGCAUGAGCACUGGCUAUUAUUAAAGCUAGGAUGCUAGCAGAUCAGGCUGAGAUAGUCCCUUUGAACCUGAUCAGGGUGAUGCCUGCGUAGGGAGCGUGCAUUUUUCUCUUUCUUUUUUUGUAUGCUUCUGCAGGGAGUGUGCCUUAUAUACAAUGGUUUGGACUUAAGCCAAUCCUGAUUUGGGAAAGUUUAGGUAGUUGAUUUGCACAGUUUUCGAAUUUUUCAGAAGUGCACAUGGUGUAAAAAUCAAAGUGGUGAAUUCCAAUUAUCCAUAAAACUAACAACUAUCUUACAUUAUACAUUCAAAUUCUCAAAAAUGUGUUAUUACCAAUUGUGGGACCCACAUAGGUGUUUCUAUUCUUGGAUUAUGAAAGUGUUGUGAACAAUUACCAACAUGGUCAUUUAGUCAAUGAGUGAUAGUGCAUCCGAAACAGGAAGCAAACCCAGCAAGAAAAGCAACAGUAUCUACUCAUAUUAGCUUUUACUUUUCACACAUUACUUAAAAAAAAUGCCACUUUUUCUAACCUCCUUAACCCACCCUUUUGGCACAUGCCCUUGUAUCCUUAGAAACAAGCUCUAUAGUAACCAAAGAUACUCACAUGAUAAACACAAAUGUAUGAACUUGUUUCAUUCCUCACUCAAGCACACUUCAAGACCUUCUCUCAUUUUCACAGUUCAAACCUUUUUCAACAACUGUGCUUCUCUGGGUCUUACCUGCAUUUCUUUCAAAAUCACCUCACAUAUAUAAAAAUCUUGAUGAUUAGUACCCAAAAUUAAAGUUAUAUGAAACACAAUGAAUCACACAGGCUACUACUUUGAGAACAGAAGCUUGUCCUUGAGGAACAACUCUAGGAGGACUAAACCAGCUAGAAUUCGACGCGAGCCGAGAUGCAUCUUUGGGAUUUGUUGGCGUUCGGAGUUCUCUCCCAUUGAGUUUCUUAAGGGUGUUGCUGAAAGAUUGACAAGGGCUAUGUGCUGUGGUUCUGUCAGUAGACGACGACCCCUGAACAAAGGGUUGUCGACGUCUGUAGGAAAAUCGAAGCUGACGGCGGCAUCAUCUGUUGAUUAUUAUAGGGCAGCUGCAGUUGAAGACUGCAUUGAGUUCAUCCACACUUCGUUCUCAAGAUCAAAUUCUUUAACCGCCGCACCAACUCCUUCCAGGGAUGAAUUUAUGCAUGCUUUCUUGAGAAACUUUGAAUCACAGAAUGUGUGAAGCUAUUAACCUGUUCUUGCUGCUGUGUGUGUCUACCUUUUGAAUGUGUUUAGUUUCACAAAAACGAUGGUGCCAUCUGAUGAUUACUAUGUUGGAUAUGUAUGGUUGUAUUUUGUGUUUGUAUCAGCAGAACUAGCUGUGUAGUAUUUUGAUGGGAUUCGAAGUUCUAAACCUUUGACACUGCUUUUGUUUGUAUAUGUAUGGUUGUAUAUGAAUGCGUUUAUUAUUUAUUAUUUUUUUUUUUAAA